UUCAUUGCAGAUCUACAGGAAACCAGAAUUUUAGUGUAGAAUGUAGUUUAUAUUUAUCACCUGCUAAAUACGAUUUAACUGUCUCUGUGAAAAUAACUUGAAUAAAGCUUCUACUUGUUCUGACUGGUUUAUGUUUACUAAAUAAAAACAAAAGGAAAACAACCCUUGGAAUUCAAACAGUUUUGCAGACUGAGCAGCUCUGGGUCAUGUUGGGAAACAACAACAGGACUGUUUUAUUAUAGGAUGCUCGAGUACAACUGAAACUGUUGGUUGUUGCUGCUGCUGUAGAUCCCUCGUUGUGGAAUGAGUCAUUUUGUGGCAUAAGCAACGUUGCCGCUCCAGAUUUUCACUACAUCCUGGAAAUGAAGCUGCGAUGACUGGAAACCAAGCCCAAACUACGAGCAGGAAGUAGGGGAGUGGAUGAAGAAACCCUUCCUCUUCCUCCGCUGCCUGUUUUUCUGCCCCACAGUCACUCCUGCUUCCUCCCCACUCUGUCCCACGCCACGCUGGCCUCUCCUUGCGUGGUGUUUUCACAGCCACUUACCCUAUCAGCAUUUUGGAUAAGGUGGAUGUUUUUGUAGGCACGUCCCACAAAUACGAUUAACGGAGCUUUGCUGAAUCACCUCAGCGGAGCCUGACUUUUACUUUUAGAGCUCUGCUCAGCUUUCAGACGUGCUUUUUAAUACGGGGUGCAUGACACAUAAUGUGUGCACAAAGGCGAGCCUUCAUUGCCUUAUAAUGACAUUAUAAUAGCUUAUACAGGAUGUGAAGGGGAUUUUGCUCAUUCAGUUACACGGAGGAAAAGGCUGCGAACCUACUCCGCCGAUGUUUUUAAAAAAGAACCACUGAAAAACAAGUUUUUUUUCCAAAGCAGAUUCGUGGACCGUCUCUCCCUUGUUGUUUUUCUCCCAACCCUUCAGUCAGACGCCAUAUGCACGCCUUCGCCAGUCGACCCACUUCUGUCCGGACGCACCGCUGCUCCGCUCCGCUCCGGUCUUUGCUCCGCGUUUGCGACCGUUAUGAAGCAGCUGGCGCCGCGUCGCAGCGCGCAUCGCUAUUCAAGGGAACAUGUGGAGAUGGAGUUCAUGACGCUGCUCGGCGCCGUUCUCGCCGUUCUGUUCCACCCUGGGUCCGCUUCUAAAAUAAAUGGCCAAACCAUCUGCCGGAGCGGGACACAGCGGCCGUGCUACAAGGUGUCCUACAUCCAGGACAGCAGGUGGAGGCUGACGUUCGAGGACGCCAGGGAGGCCUGCAGGUCAGACGGGGGCGAGCUGCUCAGCAUCGAAACAGAGAGCGAGCAGAGGCUGAUAGAGCGCUUCAUACAGUGGCUGCAGCCUGGAGACGGGGACUUCUGGAUCGGCCUCUACCGCAGCCCACGGCACCACGCAACAGGGGCCACGAGCCCAGGCUGCCCCUCGCAGUACUAUUGGCUGGACGGGAGCAAAGCCAAGUUCAGGAACUGGCAUCCGGGGGAGCCGCAGUGCAAGCGAGGCGUGUGCGUGGUGCUGUACCACCAGCCGUCCGCAGCGCCUGAAAGAGGCCGCUUCCUGUUUCAGUGGGACGAGGACAGCUGCGGAUCCAAGAACAACUUUGUCUGCAAAUAUCGAGAGGAAAAAGCACCACAAUUGGCUGAUGAAGGAAAGACUGCAAACACAGUUCCGUCUCUGACUCCGCCGUUACUUCCUACUACAAAAAGUGACGAAAGGAUAAAAAUAGAACCCCCUGAAUCGUCAUACAACAACGUGUAUGUGUCCUACAUCCUGUAUGCAACGGUUCCUGCUCUGCUGUUGCUGAUGUUUGCAGCUGCUGGGUUCCUCUGCUACAAACACCACGCUAAGAGGAGAAAGACAGACGCAGACGCCUGUCCGAACAGGUUGGACCCCCGGACGACGACAGUGGUUCCACCUUGUCCUGUACAGGGACCCUACGCCUUCAGUGACAUAACCAAACUGCCUCUCGCGGCUCCGGGCGACAGCACGCCGGUAAAGUACGCGGUCCCUUCCUCCCAGAUCCCUCAGUGUGACCAUUACGAGAACGUUUCCUGCACGAACGGGGAGAGCGGCUUCGUAACCAACGACAUCUACGAGGCCUGCAGGCCCCAGGCCGGCUGGGUGGAGAAUGAGAUCUAUGGAUGACGCUGCUGUCGGUGACACGAAUGCCAAAGAACAUGACUCCUGCACGCGCAGAUGCAUCUGUAGUUCAUGGACGUUGUCCCAUCCAUGAACUACGGUGACCUUUGCUCUGUAAAGCUGUGUCAGCCACAGGCUUCCUGUUUUGGCUGUGAUGUCAGCGAACAGGACAGUGCGCACGGAAACACUGAUGACAGAACUGUGCUGACCCCAGUGAGCCACUAAGCUGUGUGCAUGAUCGCCACCUGACUAUGACAGAAACUGAGGCCGCUGAGCUGAGGUGUUUUGGGAGGGAACAGUUUGGAACAUUGGUCAUGUAUUUAUCAGGUUCAUUGUCAAAACAUACACCUGUCUUGGAGUAUAUAUAGAUGUAUGUGUAAUGUACAGGCUGUUGGUUCUGUGUCUGUGUUGGAGAGACGUAGCACUCCCACCUAGGAGAGACUGAGCGUGUUCUUGGAGAAUGUUAGACAGGAAAUGCCAAAAGCACAUCUGGAUCUCUUACAUUCAGGAAGUGUGCGCGUGACAGUGCAGGCCUUCGGAGCCACAGCCUUCUGUCAGACCAUACAGUACGUGCUGAAGUGCACAUACCCUGAUGCCUGUCAAACAUGAUGAUGGGUGACAAAUAAAAGUGGGUUACAGUGUA